AUGGCGGCAAACACACCUCCCACAGUGCUACCACACGCCUCUCAUGGCGGACACCCCACUACAGUUGGCCCUAGCCUGUCCAACAAUCCCACCAUCACCUUGGAUCAAGCCACCCGGAAAUUGAUCAGCAUCAAGCCGCCCGGAAGCACAGAUUGGCAUGGAGUGUGCGCACUGAAUUGCCAGCAAACCGACAACUUUAUUUCCGUUGAAGCCAUGCGGAAAAUGGGCCUCCCCGUAGAGGCCAGCGGCCAAUACAAGUGUGAUUGGAUGCUCAACAACGACGGUGUGGUUCGGGCCGGUACUUUUCAGGCCGUGUCAGGACUCGGCGUCGACGUCGCCUUCGGAGUUAACUGCUUAGACGAUUAUCCAGCACCUGCCACACCGAUUAGCAUCUUUGCCACCCCUCACUCCCAAAGCAACAUCCCAUUAACCGGGUUGAACACAACAGGUCAGCCAUCGAUCGAUGGCCACCCUGCCCGACGGGAAAGCCAUGACAGAUACGGCAACAUGAGAAAUCAAAAGCAAAGAUACCAAGAUGCGCCGAUGUUCUUGGGUCCGUACGGAGGACACAUGCUUUGGCCCAUCCUGGGAUGCCUUGCCUUGGGAGGUUUCUACCUCUGGCAGAAAACAAGAGCCACACGAUGA